CUGCUUCUUUUUUAACAGACAAAAAAGGAAAGAAAAAAACAAUUAAAUCGAAAAAAAAUUACAAAAAGUAAAUUAAAAUUUGCGAUCCUAUAAAUUGAUCCGAAGUUGCAGUCAGUAGAAAGAAAGCGUCGGUUUUGGUCGUUUCGCGGAAUGUGGAGGGCAGCGCGAUUUGCCGCGUCGCGGCUGAGCAACCGGUCGAUGAGGCCGUUCUCGACGGCGAUUCCCGGCCCCUGUAUGGUUCACAAGCGCGGCGCCGAUAUUCUCCACGAUCCAUGGUUCAACAAGGACACUGGAUUUCCGUUGACUGAAAGAGAUCGACUAGGACUUCGCGGUCUCCUUCCCCCUCGUGUCAUAUCGUUCGAGCAGCAGUAUGCUCGUUUCAUGGAGUCUUAUCGGUCGCUAGAGAAAAAUACUAAGGGCCAGCCAGAAGGUGUUGUGGCCUUGGCUAAAUGGAGGAUUUUAAAUAGACUGCAUGACAGGAACGAGACCUUAUACUACCGAGCCCUUAUUGACAACAUCCAAGAUUUUGCUCCCAUAAUCUACACUCCUACAGUAGGAUUAGUAUGUCAAAAUUAUUCUGGGUUAUUUAGGCGCCCUCGUGGAAUGUACUUCAGUGCAAAGGAUAAAGGGGAGAUGAUGUCCAUGAUCUACAACUGGCCAGCUCAUCAGGUAGACAUGAUUGUCCUCACAGAUGGCAGUCGUAUUCUUGGCCUAGGUGACCUUGGAGUUCAGGGAAUUGGAAUUCCAAUAGGAAAACUUGAUAUGUAUGUUGCUGCAGCUGGUAUUAAUCCACAAAGAAUACUACCGGUUAUGCUAGAUGUUGGUACUAACAAUCAAAAGCUACUUGAAGACCGUCUUUAUUUAGGACUUCGACAACCUAGGUUGGAAGGAGAAGAGUACAUAUCAAUUGUUGAUGAAUUCAUGGAAGCUGUUCAUACACGUUGGCCCAAGGCCAUUGUGCAGUUCGAGGAUUUUCAAAUGAAGUGGGCUUUUGAAACACUGCAACGCUAUCGUAGAAGGUUUUGCACGUUCAAUGAUGAUAUACAGGGAACUGCCGGUGUUGCACUUGCGGGACUACUAGGAGCUGUAAGAGCGCAAGGUCGACCAUUGAGUGACUUUGCUAAACAAAAGAUAGUUGUUGUGGGAGCCGGCAGUGCGGGACUUGGUGUUCUUAACAUGGCUGUACAGGCUGUUGCAAGAAUGUCAGGGAACGGUGAAGCUGCUGCAAAAAAUAACUUUUUCCUGAUUGAUAAAGAUGGUCUAGUUACAAAAGAGAGGAAUAAGAUUGACCCCAUGGCUGCACCUUUUGCUAAAGAUCCAGGAGCAAUUGAUGGGCUUAGGGAGGGAGCUAGUCUACUUGAAGUGGUUAAGAAGGUCAAGCCUCAUGUACUUCUUGGUUUGUCUGGUGUUGGCGGUGUUUUCAAUCAUGAGGUACUUAAAGCAAUGCGAGAAUCUGAUUCAGCUAAACCUGCGAUUUUGGCUAUGUCAAAUCCAACCAUGAACGCUGAAUGCACUGCUGAAGACGCUUUUAAGCAUGCUGGUGAAAACAUAGUCUUUGGAAGUGGAAGCCCUUUUGAUAAUGUUGAUCUUGGCAACGGAAAAGUAGGCCAUGUAAAUCAAGCAAAUAACAUGUACCUGUUUCCGGGGAUUGGUUUAGGAGCACUUCUCUCAGGAGCUCGUAUUAUAUCAGAUGGCAUGUUACAAGCAGCUUCUGAAUGCCUCGCUUCAUACAUAACAGAUGAAGAUAUCCAGAAGGGCAUCUUGUACCCAUCUAUUGAUUGUAUCCGGAGUAUAACUGCGGAAGUUGGAGCUGCUGUCCUCCAGGCAGCUGUUGCAGAGGAACUUGCAGAGGGACACUGUGAAGUCGGGCCCAAAGAGCUCAUGAACAUGAGCAAAGUAAGAACUUAUCUACUAUCUUUUACAAAUUCAAAAGACCUUAUACAAAAAGUUGCACAAUGGAAAGUCAGUUUAGAUUUGGAAAGCAAACUCGAAAAUGUUACACUACUAUAGCAUAGAGAAAAAAGACACCGUUCUAGGGGGAAACACACACAUUCGGAUAAUGCUACUCUAAUGAGCAUCUAAUAGAACAACCAUAACCGAGUACCUAAGCAUGUAGGGUCCUAAACCCUCAUUGCCUUCAGUAUAUCUUGAUUUGAACCAUCUCCGUCAAGCCACUGCUCACAACCUUAAAAAAAAAUUAAAAUUUCUCUGUUGAAGUCAAAUUAU